AUGGGCAACUUCUCGAAAGCACUUGAGUUCUACGAGAAAGCACUUAUAGUUUAUGAAAAAGCUCUGCCUUCGACUCAUUCGGAUUUGGCUCCUGCCUACAAUAACAUCGGUUUAGUUUAUAACGACAUGGGCAAUUAUUCAAAAGCAAUUGAAUUCCACGGAAAAGCACUUGAGAUAAUAGAAACAGUUCUGCCUCCAACUCAUACUGAUUUGGCUAGUUACUAUAAUAGAAUUGGUCUAGCUCAUGACAACAUGGGUAACUACUCAAAAGCACUUGAAUUCUAUGAAAAAUCACGCAUCAUCUUCGAAAAAGAAUAUAUAAUUCACGGAAAACGUGUAUCUCAGACUCAUCGAAAUUUGGCAGCUUUCUACAAUGACAUUGGUUUACUGUAUAGCGAUACGGGUAACUAUUCACAAGCACUUGAGUUCUUCGAAAAAGCACUUAAAAUGAGAGAAAUAAGUCUGCAUUCGACUCAUCCUUUACUGGCUAGGAGUCACUUGAGUUUAGUAGGGUGUUACGAAAAAAUGGUUGACUACACUUUAGCUCUUGAUACCCUUGAAAAAGCUUUGGAAAUUCAGCAGAAGACAUUUGACGAAGAUAAUCCAGAAUUUUCGUUUACAUAUAGUUGGCUAGGAAGAGUUUAUCGCAAUCUGAAAGAUUAUUCAACAGCACUUGAAUAUUUCGAGAAGUGUCUGAAAAUCAUAGAGCAAACACUGCCGGAAAGACAUCCGGGUCGAGCUGUUACAUGCACCAAUAUAGGUGAUGUACAUCGAUUAAUGGGAAAUUAUGAGCAGUCACUUUCGUUUCAUAGGAAAGCAUUAAAUAUCCAAGAAAAUAUUCAGUGUAGUCCUACGGAAUGUGCAACUACAUAUACAAAUAUAGCUAAAACUUAUCGAGAAAUGCAGGAUUAUUCAAUGGCAUUGACAUAUUUUGUAAAAGGACUAAAAAUUCGACAAUAG